CCGGGGCCCUGGCGGGACCGCAUGUUGGGAAUUCGCGGCCUGGGCGCCUCCGGGGCCCGUUUGUUCGGCUUGGGCUCAGAGCUCGGGGGCUGGAGCGUCGCCUCCUCUCGCCGCGAUUUACGAAGUUAAUUGUGCUGACUAUUAAACUAAAGUGAAAAUGACAUCUCUAGGAAAAGUUGAUGAUGCCUCAUCACCCAUCCGAGGUCCUGGAGAUGGCAUGGAAACGGAACAGACACCUGAGUCGGUGGAGGUCAUCACUGGAGCCCCGGCUACAACCCAUCACGUCCACCACAGCCCACAUAAAAAGACUGUCUCUUCCCUGAGUCCUGGGGUUUUGCAGCUUGGGAAAAUACAUGCUGAUAAAUCAGUGGAGAUCGAAGCAGUUCGUAUAUUAGUGCCCAAAGCAGCUAUCACCCAUGUUGUUCCAACGAAAAAUGCCAAGGUAGCUAGAUCAGUGGGACACAAAGGAGACUCAUUCCAUCAGUCUGAUGGAGCUGCAGGUCCCAAAGAACUGCAAGAGCUUAAAAAUGCUGUAGAAAAACUAAAAAAUUCAGAAAAGAGGCUGUUGCAGGAUAAAGAAGGUCUCUCUAAUCAGCUGCGUGUACAGACAGAGGUGAAUCGGGAGCUGAAGAAAUUACUUGUUGCUUCUGUUGGGGAUGAUCUGCAGUAUCACUUUGAACGGAUGGCUCGUGAGAAAAACCAGCUAAUCUUAGAAAACGAGGUCCUGGGCCGGAAUUUGUCUCAGCUGUCUGAACAGUUGGAGCGGAUGUCAAUACAGUGUGACGUGUGGCGAAGCAAAUUCCUAGCAAGCAGGGUUAUGGCUGACGAGCUGACCCAUUCCAGAGCAAUUCUGCAGCGUCAAACAAGGGAUGCUCAGAGCGCCAUCCAGGACUUGCUGAACGAACGYGAUCAGUUCCGUGAUGAAAUGAUUCAUACACAGAAGCUGCUGGAGCAGCUGAUGGUUUCUCUUCAGUGGGGGAGACAGCAGACCUACUAUCCCAGUGCCCAGCCUCACACUACGACAGAGCUAGCUGCUGUGAAUUGCAAGCUGGCCAAAGCCCUAAGCUCGCAUCUUCUUGGCGAUGUUGGCACUAACAGUCCAAAAAAGACUUCAGCACCUGUGGAGCUUUCCAGUACUCCAGCUGAGAAAAUGGCUGAAAUGGUGCUACACGUACUGGAUCCAGUUGCAUGUACAGAAACAUCAACAUCUUUUCCUGAGACUUCUCCCUCUUCCUUUCUCUCUACAAAGUGCAUUGGAAGGUUUCACCCCUAUACAAGAUACGAAGAUGUAACUUUCAACUGCUGCAACCACUGUCAAGGAGAGCUGAUAGGCCUUUAAAAACACAGUUAAGGCAGCUGCAAGUGCACACCUUUCUGAAGAAUUACACUACGUGAAAAGAAGCAGGCUUCCUUUUUCCCUUUCUUUCCCUAAAGGGUGGGUUUAGCAUUGGAAAUGAUGCAGUGUCUGUUUCUCUGCCUCUUGCGGUUAGGCCAGCAGAACUUCCUUCCAUAGCCUGUGGGCUACUUCUACUAUUCUUAAGGCUGGAAAGCUGCUUCUUUCCAUCUACAAAUGCAAGAGCAGAAAUUUUACACCUCUGCACUCCAAUGUGCAGGGCAUAGGAAUGCCCUUGACUAUUUUUUAUAGUCGUAUUAGACAAUCUUAAUGAAUUUCCGUUCAGAGGGAGACCAAACACAAAACUAUACCAAAGGAUAUACUAAAAGGUUGUAUUUAAAAGGAAGAAAAAGACACUGGAAUAGAGUUGGCUGUCUGCUUUUUAAAAUCUUUUCUAAAGUGGCAGGCUGUCUCCAUUUAUAUGGAGUCUAUGGACAGUCUGUUAAAUUUAAAUAGGCAUGUGUGCAAUGAGCUUUUAUAGCUGUAACUUCUGAAAGUAGAAGCAUAUUCAUUGUUGCAAUCCUCCUGACAAGUAGAACAGAGCUUCAAAGAACUCUAGCUCUAAAAUAUGAAAGGUUUUUAAACGGGAUCCUUGAAGACUGUGGGGUGAGAUGAUUCUUAUAUUUGGGUAAAGCUUUAGAGCUCAGCCCUUGCCCA